AUGGAAGGAGCAACUAGUAAAAAGUCCUGGAAUGCCAUGGAGAAGAUGCCACUCUUCAGUGACCCCCAUGUUGGACACAUGUCUAGACUUUGCUGUAGGGAUCCUUUUGCCACACUACAUUUGUACCCGGAGACUUCAAACCAGUUCACUGGCCCUGAAGAUUUCCCUCUAGUUCCAUUAAUGUCAGAGCAGCUGGCUGCUGAGAAUUUCUAUACUGAUCCCUGCAAUUUCCAAAUUCAAGUUCCCUGUGGGAAUUACAGCAGAUGUGAGUACUCUUGUGGUCCAGCAUUCAUCCGAAAAAGAAAUGAAAGGGAAAGGCAGAGGGUUAAGUGCGUCAAUGAGGGAUAUGCCAAACUGAGACAUCACCUUCCUGCCGAAUACUUAGAAAAACGGCUCAGUAAAGUAGAAACGCUUCGAGCUGCAAUUAAAUACAUACGAUAUCUCCAAUCUGUGCUGCAUGAUGAUGCCGAGGAGAAGAGCGAGGAUGCUCAUAAUACUUCACAAGCUAACUCUCAAAGUGUUCAAAUUCCGAGACGUUCAUAGUG